AUGCCCUGUGCAGUCGCUCCUUCGAACACCGUACCCUACGGAACCCUCUUGAAUGGAACCAUUCCAAUGCAUGUUCAUCCUGAUGAAUCUGAAUUGCUAAUGAUGGUUCAAGGUAAAGUUACUGCUGGAUUUGUCACAAGUGUUGCAAUGCAUGUUCAUCCGGAUGAAUCGGAGUUGCUAAUGAUGGUUCAAGGAAAAGUCACAGCUGGAUUCGUGACAACUGAAAAAUCUUAUGUCAAAGACAUUAAGGUGGGUGAUGUUUUUGUGUUUCCGAAAGGCCAAAUGCAUUUUCUAAUUAAUUCUGGUGCCGAAACUGCUAUUGCUAUUGCUUUUGUUGCAUCUAGUAGCUCAACUCUUACCUUUCAGUUUCUUGAUUAUAUACUAUUCGGAAAAAGUAACUUGCCAACUUCAAUAAUUGCAAAGACUACUCUUCUGACAUUAAUUUAA